GAUUUUUUUCAAUCUCGAGCCGCGGAUUUCACAAGUUCAGGGGCCUUCCGCGCGUGCAUCGCCAUGGAUACGAAAGCCGCCGAUGUCACUAUCCCCGCCAUCGUUGUCGUGGUGGCGUAUGCGGGAAGCUUGAUAUACCACGGGGCGACUUUCAAGGAGUUCUUCACGUUCACGAACAAGUCGGACUACGUUUUCUUGGCAACAAUGGCGGUGCACAUGCUCAAGUGUUGCAAUGAUGCGCGUGGAGCGGUAAAGGGUGUGUAUUGGCCGGCCGGUGCCUUAGUUUUUUCGGAUGCAGCGUUGCAUUUGUAG